UAUAAUCGACACAGCAACUCUGCUUUUAGUGUUGAAAACAAGUCGGCCGUGUUGAACGAAUCAAGGAAGUUUUUAUAAUUUGUAAAAAAUUCUUAAUUCCUAUACAAGCAUGUCUCUAUCAUUGGUCCUGCGUGGCGCCGUCCGCUGUAAUGCCGCAAAUCUCGUUAAGUCGGCGCGGAUAACGCCACUGAAGGCCUAUUCCACUAUUGUGGCCAAUGCCCAACGUCAGACUCUUAAGCCCCUGGCUCUGACCAAGAUGGUUGCGCCCGUUGUUCGGGAGAUCUCUGUGAGUGCACCACGCAUGGCUUCGGCUGAGUCCAGCCACACAGCCAUGUGGACACUAGAACGCCUGGUAUCGGUUGGUCUUUUGGCCAUUAUUCCAGCUGCCUUCAUUGCCCCAUCGCAGAUACUGGAUGCUCUGCUGGCCAUCUCAGUGGUUAUUCACGCCCAUUGGGGUGUUGAGGCCAUGGUUGUCGACUACAUGCGUCCAUCUGUGGUGGGAAAUAUUCUGCCUAAGGUGGCACACAUUGCGCUCAUUGUUCUCUCGGUGGCCACACUGGGAGGCCUCUUCUACUUCAUCCAAAAUGAUGUGGGUCUGGCCAACGGCAUUAAGCGCUUCUGGGCCAUCAAGGGCAAGGAUGCUGAGGAGAAGAAGCAGUCUUAAAGUAUUCAACCGCUCGAUAAACACGCAAAGCCAACCCGUUAUUUAUUGAUAGCUUUGUGUGCUCCAAAAUCCCCGCCCCGGCAGAUAUUUAGGCACUAAAUAAAUAAAUUGUAUAAAGAGAAA